AUGGCUGCUGCACCUGCACCCCUUGAGCGCGCCUAUGGAGUAACCAACAUCAAAAACCACAUUCCAGUAAUCCUAGAUAUCGAUGACGGGAAUUACAAUGCGUGGAGGGAACUCAUCCUCACACACUGCCAAAGCUUUGACAUCUCUGGCCAUCUCGACGGAACUCUCUUACCCACAGACGACAACGACACUGCCAAGAUGAAACGAGGUGGUCUCGUGAAGCUCUGGCUCUACGGGACGCUUUUGAAGGAACUCUUCAAGAGCACGUUCAAAAACGGAGGCACGUCGAGGGAGAUCUGGAUCCGUCUACAAAAUUUCUUCCGCAACAACAAAGAAGCAAGGGCCAUACAACUCGCUCACAAGCUCCGCAACAAAGAGAUUGGUGAUCUCACGAUUCAUACCUAUUGCCAAGAACUCAAAUCCAUCGCCGAUAUCUUGUCCAAUGUUGAUGCCCCUGUGAGCGAACGAACGCUGGUGAUAUAUCUCCUCAACGGUCUCAAUGGAAAGUAUGAUAACAUCAUCAACGUCACCAUGCAUCGCAGACCAUUUCCAACCUUUGAGGAAGCUCGUUCAAUGCUUCUCCUAGAAGAAGACCGGCUUGGAAAAGGCAAGAAACCAACUCCGUCCAACAGCGACUCGGCUUCUUUAGCGAAGGUGCUUGUUGCCACAUAA